GCUCAUUUUAAUACUGAAUUUUAACACUAUUUAGAACAUAUCAUAUACUUUUGAUAUGCUUCGAUAAAGCAAACAGGAAAAUGUACAAUUUGGGCUAAUGUUAUGUUAUAUAUUUACUGUACCUUGACCUACUUUGCUUGACUGUGUGUUAUGUAAAAAGAACAGAAAAGAGUGAUGAAUUCAGUUUUGAUUCGCAGGCAGAAGAAGACAGUGAUGUUAAUAUUUCAUCCUUAAGGAGCUCACAUACAUUAUCGCGUCUGCGGUAGUGUAGUGGACAUAAGGAAGCCACGAAAAAUAUGCCUGAAAAGUUCAAUUAUCGCCAGUCUCUCCAAAUGCGAAGAAAUUACAUAGGAAAACCAUGCAAACUUCAUUUUGAAGCAGCUCCACUGAAGAUUGUCUGUGCCUCUAAGCAGUAUGUGUAUGAUGACAAUGGAGAGGAGUACCUGGACUGUGUCAAUAACAUCUCACAUGUUGGUCACUGCCACCCACAAGUGGUCAGUGCAGGCCAGGAACAGAUGGCAAAACUGACCACAGGCAGUGGCUUCCUGAAUGAUGUGGUGGCAGAGUAUGCUAAAAGACUCAUUGAGACUUUCCCUGAGAGCCUAAGUGUCGUCUAUUUCCUGAAUUCUGGGUCAGAAGCUAAUGAUCUAGCUCUGUGCUUAGCAAGAAGUUAUACUAAGAACGAGGAUGUGGUGGUUAUUGAUAAUGCUUUCCAUGGUAACCUUAGUAACAUGGUCAGCAUUAGUCCUCUCAGAUUCAAGAGACAACAAUUAAAACAAGAGGAUUGGGUCCAUGUUGUUCCAUGUCCUGACACCUAUCGUGGUAUGGUGAGAGAUCCCUUACACCCAGAUGCAGGGAUAAUAUAUGCCAAUGAAGUGAAGAGAUUGAUGGAUCAGGCCACAGCCAGGGGAAGAAAGAUUGCAGCAUUUUUCAGUGAGUGUUUGCUAUCUCAGUGUGGAAUGAUUCUGCCUCCACAGAGCUACUUUGAGAAUGUUUAUAGGUACAUCCGUGAUGCAGGUGGUUUGUGUGUUGUGGAUGAGAUUGCCAAUGGAAUGGGGAGGAUUGGAGAACACAUGUGGUCUUUUCAGCAUUGGAACGUUGUUCCUGACAUAGUGACCAUAGGUAAACCUGUUGGAAAUGGCUACCCAAUGUCUGCAGUUAUCACUAGAAGAGAAAUUGCUGACAGCCUGAAAGAAUUUUCCAGUGGGUUUGGGGGUAAUCCUGUGUCUUGUUCUAUGGGCCUUGCUGUCUUGGAUGUGAUCAAGAAUGAGAAGUUGAUGAGCAGUGCAAAGAGUGUGGGGAAGUGUCUCCUGGAUGGUUUUAGGGCCAUUAUGCCAUGUCAUCCCAUGAUGGGAGAUGUCAGGGGCUUGGGUUUGUCUGUUGGGAUAGAAAUUGUGACAGACACAGACAGCAGGAAACCAGCCACAGAGGCUGCAGACAUGUUAACAUACAGACUGAAACAAGAGAAGAUCAUUAUUAGCAAUGAGGGUCCAGACAAGAAUGUGAUGGCGAUUACUCCCCCAAUGUGCUUUACAGCAGAUAACGCUCAGCGCCUCAUACAAGCCUUUGACCACGCCCUAGCGGAUAUAGAAAAGGGCACCCUGGGAAGACCCAUCAGGCCAGCCACGGAGGGCAAGUACACUGCAGCACAAAUGAGCAUCAUCGUAGGAGAUGAAGAAGAUGUAGAGCAAGAACCUGAUUCAAAACGGACAAAAUACUUUGAUCUGGAUUAAAGUUAUUUUCAUACUAUUGCUAAGUGUUGUUUUGCAUGGAGUAAGGCAAAAUCUCUGACAGAAAAUUUUAAAGGAUAACAUUUUUAAAAUGUUCUAAUAUUUAACAUAAAAAGUCAAGUAUUUAUCAGUGCUGUCAACCAGCAUAUUUUAUUACAUGAUGAUCAAUAUUUUUGUAUAUAGUGAAACUUCAGUUGGCCUAGACAAAUUUUGCUUCUUGUUAAUUAAUUUUUUACCACAAAAAAGUAUAUUCCCUUGUUUAGAGCAAUUACAGCUAAUCAAUUUAAGUUGUUCUGUUUAUGCUGAGCUAUCAAUGAAGGCCUUGGUUUUUCUGUCAGUCAUGUGGACCUCCUCUUUACAGUAAAGAAAUGGUUGUGAUGACAGCAUUGCGGUGAUGGGAAACUGCAGCAUUUAUUAGCAGUGCUACUGCAUUUCAUAUUGUAUUUACAUGCUUAAAUUGAAGUGGUCUUGGACCAACCUAGAAGUGGACCAAAAUUCUGAUUAGCCUUUUUUGAGGAAUUUCAAGGUAAUUUGAGAAUUGCAAAGAAGAGAAUUUGACUUGGCACAUAGUGUAUGUUGUUGGAGCCAUUUUGGUUGCCGCAUAUUUUUGAUUCUCAAGUAGAUCAGUAAAUGCAGUAUAGGAACAAUUACCAAUAGAAAAAUCCUGAUCUCUGUUAUCAUGGUGCCAUUUGGGUCUUAUUUUCAUUCAUCUGUUGAAAGCCACCUCAAACUUUAAUAUAUUUCCUGCAUUGCUUUUUAACUUGGCCACUUAAAUUACUCCUUCCAUGUCAUACAGUAAUAAACUGCCCACUUCGUAUUUUAAUAUCAGUACUCUUGGAAGAUAAACAUAUGGGUUUAAAGCUUGUUUAUUGUAUCUAAGUUAUAACAUGUUAUAGUUAUUAACUAUGUUAUAUUUAUUCCAUUUGGUUAUUGUUUGUGAACUGCACCCAAAGGAGGAACUUCUACCUCAAAGUUAGAAAAUUGUAACAUGAGAAUCAAAUGUAUUUUUCCCUUCAAGUUUUGCAAAAGUUCUACAUUAUUCAGAGGUUACAUGUGUGCAUUAUUCUGACUGAAGUGACUGGUAUCAUUCAUCUGUCAAAAUUCACUUGUAAUGAUUUUAUCCAUUGUAGUCAAGUUUGAGGAUAGGUCAGUAGGUAAUUUUAAAGUAAGUUCUUAUUUUGGAAUGGAUUUUAGGUGCAAAAUGCAGAGUUUUUAGACAAAUAUACCGGUGCCAUGUUAUAGUUACAGUUCAUGGGCACACUUAGGUAAAAAAAAAAGCCAAGAUUUAUAGUUACUCGGUUCACAUAUUAUUUUAAGUGUACUUUGUGUGAAAUAGACAAAAGUCAGGUUAUCAAUGAACUCGAUAUACUCCCGUCUUGAGAGUUCAACCCCCCCCCC